CUUUCUGUCACUGCAUUUUUAUAUUUUAUACGGAGUAUGCUUCAAUGAAUAAUAGUUAGCCGGCUGGCUAAGGUUAUUUUUAAGUUACGGGCUCUUCCGCGGUCAAAAAGCGCCAAACAACUUCUACCAAACCCUCCUUUCCGCCAGCGAAGACGGUCUAACAGUUCUCCUAAAUAGCUGGUGAGAAGAGGCGAGAGAUAUAUUGCCCGUUGUCACGGUUGUCUCACUGCUAGAUCCAUCAUCAGAUGAAUCUCGAGCAACAUCGGCCGCCCCUUCCGCUCUCUUCCGGAUGAUUAAUUAAUUCCUCACCUCACAACAAAAGUCAGAAGCUCUUGUGCCAUGCAUGUUACAUUGCUAAUAAUAUUAUUUAUAUCUUCUGAGCAUGGCCUCUCACUGCCAAGAUAGGUCCCUCCAAUAGGAGGUCGUACUUAAUUGAACUUGGGCGUGGAUACAGGUACACGCACGACAACCCAACUCUAGAGAUCUAUGGAGUAUUUUCACCUCAGUACGUUCUGCACGCACGACCAAAAGAAAAAGGGAAAAUAUUUAUUCCUUAGGUUCUUUCUUUCCAUCUACAUGUUUGACAAAAUAUCCUACGCAUGGUCGAUGGCGAAACACGGGUACAAGUAUCGGCUUCCUGGGCGCCUAGAUAAGAUAUGCAUUUGACCAGCUCACAGCUGCGAAUACACGACAUGGCUACAUAAGUUAACAUACGUCCUGCCCUUGCCUCUUGAUGUGUCGAUAGGCUCCGCAACGAAUCAGUAGCUGGAACACUUCAUACAUAAAUAGCAUGGAAACCCUGUUACUCCUGGCGCUCGAGGGGCUUCGUACGUAGUCGUACCACCUCCACCGAAAAUCCGGUCAUCCCACUCCAAUAAAACCGGACUCCCCGCUCCUUGGCAAAAACAUGUAUUUCUGGCAUGUCUGUUUGCCAGCACUCAAAAGUGGCAAAGGAUGAAGUGAUAUCUCCGUUUAGUGUUCGACAACGCAGGGCUUGUACAAUGUAAUGUACAUGUAUGCCCAGCGGGGCACACCACACAUGCUUGAUGGCGUGCAAACUAUACCUUCAUCACUCCACCUUCCGGAGCCGAUUGCCGGCCGCCUGCUAGCAAUGCAAAGCCCGUAUCAGCCCAUGGAAGUAGUAUACAACACUGACACUUUCGCAGUACCCCUGCAUCACCCCAUCUAACGUUCAAGAAUCCCAGCUCUCCUAGUGUGAAGGUCCCAGGUGACGGAACAUGCCUCGAUUCACACAAGGAGAGGGAUACAAAGAAAGAAAAGAACUAUUCCACGCCCUCACCUAGGGCCAUUCCAAUCACUCGACCAUAUAAAAGUAUCGCACCGCCACUGGUCACCCGCUUUCUUAAUGCCCGUGGGCCCCAAAGGCCGCGGGCAUAUCCAAAAGGAUCGGCCGCGGUUAAUCCCCGCUUUUUUCGUCACAAGGCUGAUGCAAGGUUCAUUGUGGCCCUCACAUCUCGGUGGGGGCUUUUUCGUGAAGAGUUUUGACCAUGACUCCUUGUUUGCAAUUGGGUCAUGUACCCUACCAUUACUAUCAUAAUCUCCAUUGUACGAUAAUGUGUCAGCCGUCUGUAAUUGUCGCCGUCCGUUUUCUUCUGGACCACACUGGUCUCCAGAUGGACAAGAAAAGCUCGAGUCUGGGGGAAGAUUUCUUGUCGUUCCCUUCUGUGGGCUGCUUGCUCCUGCCAUGGUUGAUGGAUUCGAGGAGCCUUUUUCAUCAUCUCUAGAAACCGCUGUAGUACUAGAGGAUUCUUUGGGGACAAAGAAGCCUUUCAAGGUCUUUUGCCCUUUCCUGGUCGCAGUAGCGGUCGAUGACUCGCUCCGUUUCAAACGUUUUGGUCGUGAUGUGAUGCCAUCGUCCCCUUUAUGAGGCCGCUUAGGAGUGGUGGACGCUGCUGAUGGCGUCGAUGGUGUAGGAGAUGGAGAAGCCAUAGUCGGCCCCUCUAUGGUAGAAAGGUUGAUAUCUAAGGAAGUCUUUUCGGCAGAAAGUGUGGUGGUCCCGCUGUUAGGAGCUUUCAUGCUACCCUGGCUACCACCCUGUGAACUCUGCCGAAAUAACAUAUCUUUGAUACUUCGUCGCUGACAAAAUUCAGGAAUCAAUCUACCUGAAAGUGGAAGAAUGUCUGCGGACGAGUAUUCCCGCUUCCGCUGGCCGUUUUCGAAGGUACCCUUUGGGUUAAGCAUGUCGAGAAUGUCGACUUCUGCCCCGUCCAACAACACCUUGCCCUUAAGAUCGGCAAAAACGGGACAAUGAUCGGAACCCUAGUUGCACUGUUAGAAUUUCAUAUUAUGUGAAUGUCUAGUAACAUGGAAGCGAAUACCAUAAGGCCCUCCUGGAUAUUGGAUGCAGAAAACCAGUCUUCCAUCCUUUUAUCGCAGAGGACAUAAUCGAUCCGUGAGCCGUAAUUACCAGGUCGAGCAUUGACUCUUUGUUCCCAGCAAGUAUACAUGCCCGGCCGAUCAGGAUGGUAUUUUCUACAUAAAUCCACAAGGAUGGGGGUUUCCCUUCCUUGGUCCCUGUCACCAAUAACCUUCCCGCCAUAGACCAGCUGAUUAAAAACACGACGAACGGGAGCAGAUACAAAUUCCGAAUCGGUCAGGUUACCUUUCCGUAUCUCUUCAAGCGCGCGAGCCGAAUCGAUUUCUGAGCCACAUAUGUUUAAAUCCCCCGUCACGAUAACGCGCUUCCCCAUAGCGACCAGGUUCCGUACUCUGGCAUCCAGUAUAUUUACAAACCCUGUUCGAAAACCAUCUCGCGUUUCGUCCCUGUUCGCGGGACAGUAAACACCAAUCAAAACAAAUGCUGGAAAUUCCAGGAUCAUACAGCGUCCCUCAGAAUCAAGCGUGGAAGCAUCUACGUCUGAAAGAGCCAGCUGUUCAGCAGUAGGGUAACCACCGAUCUGUGCCUCUUCCGGUAAGUCGCGGAAUGAAGUGGGAGAAGGAAACGGUGACACUGAUGCGGGUAGGCAAAGAAUGCCCGUAAUCCCUUCUUCAGCCCGAAUCGGGCAGCAUUUAGAAUUCCUGGUAUAUAUUACGACUCCAGAAUAUCCUGCGCAUAGGGUUAGUGAUGUAUAUAUAUAUAUACAGGUGUUUGAUUCAAAAGUGCAGAGUGGACAGAAAGCACAAGCCUUUUUUAUACUUGGGAAGGCUGAAAAAACAGUCCCAGCCAUUAACGAGAACCAUAUCAUCUUGCAAAUCCUUUUUUUGGAUUUUUGUCUCUUGGAAGAUGACUAUGUCCGCAUCGAGGGCGUCGAACAUCGCCUGUAUUUGAAGUAUUAGGAUUGAUGCAUAUAUAUACAAACGACAAGAUUUCGAAAGUUAUUUAUUGCAUACCUCGAAGGACCGCUUCUCUCGCCAUGGAUGAUACGAAAACGGGUUGCUAGAGGACCUCUAGUUAUUCUUUCAUCCACCGAAAAUGAUAUCAUCCAGACCUUAGCACUAACCGUAUCCCAUUAACUGCACUCAGAGUGGGUUAGCUCUGCGAGCUGUGGGAUGCCUGGGGAUAGCUCUAGGAUACUUACCGUUCCAAGUAGUCAACCUGACCAUCUGUAACACCCCUGUCUGCUAUCAUCAACAAUGGUCUUUUGGAAGGAUGGUCUCAAGAGCCAACAAUUAUUAUAAUAUGUACAAACAGUCUAACUAUCAAAGGUCCUAUUCAUAUGAAAGACAUAUUCACAGUUCUGAGGGAGAGUUGUGUAGGCUUUGGAGGCAUGAUGAGGCUGAUGUACUCGUCCCCGAGAAGAUGCCAAGAGUCACGUGUUAUAGCGCAAUCCAACCUGGACGAGAUCAACAUCCAACGUCACAAUUCUUGCUUCGACAACCACAACACAACAUUCUUCCCACAACAAUCACCCACCAUCAAUUGGCUGCUUAGUGCACAUUGAUCAGACACCAUGUUCCCUCGCGCUUCCGCUUUCCGCCUGGCCCAACGAACCGGCGCCCCCGCCAUCCGGUCCUCGCCCGUCCGGUCUGGUGUUCUCCAGCGCCGCUUCAACAGUACCGAGCAGAAGGUUCCCACACUCCCCGACAAUGCCUUCAACCGUGAAAGAGCUGCUGUGAAGGCCCAUGCCGCUGCUACCAGUGACUUGUGGCGGAAACUCUCCAUCUACGUUGUCGUACCCGUCGUCAUCCUUGCCAGCGUCAAUGCCUAUAACCUAUGGAAUGAGCAUUGGGAGCACUGGGACCACAUGCCACCUUUGGAAGAGCGGGUAGAAUACCCUUACCAGAACAUUCGAAACAAGAAUUACCCAUGGGGUGAUGGUGACAAGACCUUGUUCUGGAACUCUUCCGUAAACUACCACAACCAAGACAAGGUCCAAUAGCGGCAACAUCCCACCCGUCCCUUUCGACGUUAUCCCAUGCGAGUAGAUGGGGAUAAAGUUUGAAUAAUCGAGGCAGAGAAGGAGAAAAGGAAAGGAAAAUCGAAAAACAUGUAUUUAGUACACAACAACAUCUUUUUAUCAUCCCGGCCGUCUCCCUUUUCGCACCAUGUUUUCCUGAAUUUAGUGACUGGGCUUUCCCCACCAUUACCCACUCCCAUCAUUGUAAAUAAAAAUUUCUUUUGUUUAAUUGGUUAUGGUGAUUUAGAGUAUGAAAUACUGUCCCUAUUUUCAUGCAUAUAUGAA